UGCAUGAAUAUUGCACAUAUAUAUUUAAAAUAUAUGUAUAUUCAUUAUGUAGAUUAUUUAACAUUAAUCUAGUCUUAAGAAAGUAUCAGUUUUAAUUCGGCAUCCAAACAGUGCGCGCAAUUCACGCAAAAAUGUUUCGCUUUCUUUUCAUUAUUUUGCUGCAUUAUAUUCUCAUUUUUCGAAUUAAAUUUGUGCUUUGUGAGAAUAAUGAAACAUGUAAAGUGUAUGAUUGCAUUUGUGAUCUAGAAAUAGACAUAGUUAAAACAGUAAUGGAAGACUUGUAAGAUGUUAAGAAGACAACCGAUAACAUCGAAAAACAGUUAACUGCAAAACGCGCAUCAAAAUCGUCUAGUUGUCUGGAAGCAGCAGCUAACAGCUGGAAGAGUGGGGUUUAUGAAAUUCAGAUCGAAAAGAUUAAUAUCACUAACAUGAAGGUGUUUUGUGAAGAAGACGUGGAUUUUGGUGGAUGGAUAGUUAUUCAACGGCGUCAGAAUGGCAUAGUGGAUUUUAAUAGAGAUUGGCAUGACUAUAAGGAGGGAUUUGGUGACUUAACGGGAAACUAUUGGAUCGGUUUGGAAAAACUACACGCGCUCACUAGCAGCUGUGAACAGGAGUUGUAUAUUCAAUUGAAAAGGCUUAAUGGCACAGAAUAUUAUGCAAAAUAUUCUGCAUUUGUAAUCGCUAAUGAAACCGAAGGCUAUGCUUUGAAGAAAUUGGGGGUGGAAAGGCGGUUGGUGGUUCCACGAUUGUUAUCACAGGUAAAAACAUUUUGCUUAUCAGAGUGUGUGAUGAUAUAUCGUUUAUUUUACAGUUUUCUAAAUGGUGUAUAUGGGCAUAGUGUGAAUUGGAAUACAAUACAAAAAGAAGAAACUUUAUCGUUUGCGCAAAUGAUGAUACGACCAAAUACACAAUGCAUUAGGCGAUUGAUGUUGAGUAAUUUAAAUUGAUGGAACUAAAGAAAUAUUCCGUUUUAACUACAUAUUUGUACUCCAAAACUGAUGCUUGCAUAUUAAACAUUGUUAUUGUUAUAAACAGAAACAUGAAAAUUGAUAAAUCAAAUAUACUCAAAUGCAUUAGCAAAGUCUAUAAAAUGUUCUUCUUCUAUUGAAAUUGCAACAUGUUGCAGAGAGUUUUAUUCGCUUACAGGUUGU